CGCGGUUAUCGGCAAUCGUGACGACAUCGGUGGUGCUGCGGUUGGUGCUGCGGUUGUUGGUGCUGAGCGUGUCGGUGUCGGUGGUGCCUCGCCUAGGUGUUCCGUUCCAUCGGGCUUCCCCGAGUCGUCGUCCCUGGUGAUUGGACGACGACGACUACCAUCGCCAUCGUCGGCUCCCGGUGCCGCCGGUCGACGCGAUCAGCGUCACCAUUAUGCCACGCUGUCUCAUGGCGAAAAAGUGGAAGUGGAAUCAGUGGCAGGCCCGCGUGGACGAUCAGGCGAGCGAGCAGAAGGACGCGACGCCACCCGGGGCCGCGGACCCGCAGGAGCAGCAACACCAUCUGCUGCAUCAGACCGCGGAUGCUAUGGAGAAACGGUCGCACAGGCAUGAGCCGAUCGAGGACGAGGAGAUAGACGUGGUCGGGGACGUCGAUAAUCAUCAGGUCGAUCAUCAGCAGACCUGCUGGGGGCCCCAUAGUCCCACGGCGGGGGCUACAGCCCCCAGUCCGCCGCCCCUCAACGCUUCUGGUGCUCUGUACUAUCACGGCUACACGCACGAGGCAUGGAUCAACCACGAAGAGCCGCCCAAGUACGCGACGCUGCGCUCAGCGGCAGAAUUGGCGCGUCCGGUAGCUCCGUCGCCGCCCCCGGUUGCGCAGCAGGAGCUACCGGUUCCGGUACUGACCGGGCCGAGCCUGCAUCAGGUGCCGUCACAUCAAACCACGAGUCCAUCGUCGUCCCCGUCGUCGUCGUCGUCGCCAUCGCCAUCGUCGUCGUCCGUCACAUCGCUGUGCCUGCCGCCGCGCAAGAGCCUCUCGAUGUCCUUCACCAGCACCGGCACGGCCCUGUCCUUACCGCCCAAGAAGAAGGACAUCUACCGUCCUUACAGCCUGCAACCGAUCUCCGAGAUACGCACCUCUGCCGAGGAGGACCUGUCGGCCGCGCAGGCCAUCCUGGAUCUCAGCGCGUCGCCCGCCGCGCCCACGCAUUCUGUUUUUAUUCAUACCCUAUCACCGCCGCCGCCACCGCCGCCGCCGCCGCCGCCGCCGCUGCCGCCGCCGCCCGCCGCGCCGAACGCGACCGCGACUGCGCAGCAGCAGCAGCAGCAGCAGCAGCAGCUGCAACCGGCACCGACGGCGGGAACGCAGCAACCUAUACCGGUCUCCGUGCUGGUGCCGGUGCCCAGUUCGCAGACCAAUCAGCUGCGCCAACAGGAGCAGACACCGCCACAGCCGCAGUCGCCAGCAACCGCGGAGGCCACCGGCGGAAACUGCAGCAGGGAUAGCUCCGGCAGCAAGACUGUCGCCUACACCUACGAGGCCUUCUUCGUGUCCGAUGGCCGAUCAAAACGUCGCGGUGGCACCGGCAGCAACAACAACGGCGCCGCCGUGCCCGACAAGGAGGCGGCCCAGCCGGACAGGCCCAAGUUCACGUGCACCGAGUGCGGCAAGCAGUACGCCACGUCGUCGAAUCUGUCGCGGCACAAGCAGACGCAUCGCAGUCUCGACUCGCAAUCGGCCAAGAAGUGCAUCCACUGCGGCAAGGCUUACGUCAGCAUGCCCGCCCUGGCGAUGCACGUGCUCACGCACAAACUCGCCCACAGUUGUGGCGUAUGCGGCAAGAUGUUCUCGCGACCCUGGCUGCUGCAGGGUCAUCUGCGCAGCCACACCGGCGAGAAGCCAUACGGAUGCGCCCACUGCGGCAAAGCGUUCGCCGACCGCUCGAAUCUGCGGGCGCACAUGCAGACCCACUCGGCCGACAAAAACUACGAGUGCUCGAGGUGCCACAAGACCUUCGCCCUCAAGUCCUAUUUGAACAAGCACCUGGAGUCGGCGUGUCUGCGCGACGAGGAGAUGCAGCAACAGCAGCAUGCCGGUAACAGUGCCACGCAGCAUCAACAGAACACCAAUCGAGGCUUGUAGCAGCGCUUCGAGAAGGGGAACAACGAUGCCACGAGGAUCGAGGAAUCGAGAAAGAGCUAGCGGUGCCACGUGAUCGCUGCUUGAUCGCGAAGAGGCACGAGGGUACGAAGAGCAAGGGAGGAGAUAUAAGGUUUGCCGUAGAUUUUAAGUAGAAAAGUGCCAGUAGAGACAGAAAUGAGAGUUAGAGAGAGAGAGAGAGAGAGAGAGAGAGAGAAAGCGUGAGAGAGAAAGAGAGAAAAGAUGCAAAUGAAAGAAUGACAUGAGUGAAGAGUUAGAAGGAACGAAAGGGAGCAAAAGAGAGGGAGAGCGUGAGUUUAUUAAUAAUGUCUAACAUUAAUAAAAACGUCCAGUAAUGUUAAGUCGUAAAAGAAAAAAAAACACGUCGAACGUUGACGUCCACACUGCAGAGUCUAGUCACUCUAGUCGAUUAUAUACCUA